ACUCCGCGUGAGUACAGGAGCGGGGCGGCCGCGGCUAUGUGCCGUGUCUGGAGAGGAAGGAUCCUUGGCAGCUUCCGCUACUAUGUACUAUGCUACUAUGUAUGAAUCGCACAUGACGGAUAGACAUGGGAUUACAGCGCCACAGCGCGAUUGCAGUAUGCAGAGAGGGGAAUGACAGCACCAUCCUGGGGGAGUUUCUUGCGGCCCUCCUUAUUUAAUAUAUUCAGGAAGCAAGAGUGCGAUGUCCUCUAAGUUUUUCAUUGCUAUAUACAACUUCUCAUCAUUUCCUUAUACUCCUGAUGGCACAUAUGAGAGAGUGGAAAGAGGGAGUCUGCUCACUUUAUCUGCACCUCCACCUUCCAGCGUCAUCAGGACUGACAAUGCUCUGUUCCAUUCCCCACCACUCUGGCUAAGACUGCAUGAAUCUCAGAAGUUGGUGUGUACGGAUAUAAAAUAUGUAAAUGAGAUAGUGCUCUUGGUUUGGAAAUUAUUACUGGCGGUUACAGACACAGAAGAGCGUCUGGCAUUUUAUAUGGACCAGAAAAGGUUACGGGAAGUGAUUCAUUUAAAAACUGGGGAUCAUGUUCGAGUCCAGGUCAUCUCCUCUAGCGAGCGCAAGGAGAAGGGUGUGCUCUGCUAUCGAGGAUCUGUCAAUCACAAACAAGACGUUCUUUUUGGCGUACAGCUUGUGGGAUCUGCAGAGGGAAAAGGAUUCACAGAUGGCACAUUUUGUAAUAAACAAUUCUUUCAGUGUGAUGAAAAUUGUGGCGUUUUUGUUCCGGGAAGCAGAUUGGAGCUGGAUUUGGGUGAAUUUCCAAUUAGAAAAUCAGGAAAAAUGGAUGACAAAUCUGCGGGGGGACAAGAAGAGCUUGUCCCUAGAACAAGAAGCCAUAGAGAGCCCCAAACAAAACCAAUUACUUUUUUGUCACGUGGUGUUAGGCAGCAGAGCCCGACGAAAGCAGGCGAGAAAGGCCAGGACAAUGCAGAUCUUCUUGCAACAGGAGAGGAGCAGAACGUGAAACACAGUGCCCCAAAGGAACACACCUCAAAGGGUGAGGAUGAACCACAACCUUUGACAAAUCCACUUGAAGGAGAAGAUGCACAAAUCUCUAAUCAGCCUUCAGAUGAUCACCAUCCCCCACCCAGCAUGUACCAUGCUCCUUGGAAUGGCAGCUCCUCUAGCCUGUCACCUGAGGCUCAAGCUCUAGAACAGGGUUUAGAGUUGAAUUCCAUGGUUGAAGUGAAUGAUCCUCCAAUUUAUGGGGUGAUCCGCUGGAUUGGGCAUAUCUCAGAAUCUCCUGAAACUAUUGCAGGACUGGAAAUGGAGGAGGAACGAUCAUCUGCCUAUACAGAUGGAACAUACAGAGGGGUGCGAUACUUCCAGUGUGGUCCCAAUAAGGCUCUGUUUGUGAAACUACGAAACUGCCGUCCGGACUCCCGUUUCUACUCCCUGCAUGGACCCACUAAUCAGAUUCAGAGAUGUAACUCUAUUGCCUUCCAGGACUAUACUAGCAAGUGUGUUAAGGAAAACACACCACCUGCAAUAGACAGUGAGGAGGUAGAAAAUCUGAUGGGGUGGAAGAAAGGAAUACAAGGGCAUUGCAACUCCUGUUACUUGGAUGCAACGCUAUUCUGCAUGUUUGCUUGUUCUUCUGUUUUGGACACAAUGCUUCUGCGUCCUGAAGACAAGAAUGAUAGCGACUCAUAUGAGAAGACACGGGACCUAUUGCGCACUGAAAUAGUCAACCCUUUACGCAAGAAUGGUUAUGUAUGUGCCACUAAAGUUAUGGCUCUGAGGAAGAUUUUGGAAGCCGCUGGAAAGAGCACUGGUUUCACCAAUGAGGAAAAAGAUCCUGAGGAAUUUCUAAACCAAUUGUUCCAGGUUCUUCGGGUAGAGCCUCUCUUUUAUAUCCGGACACAGAAGAAGAAACCACAGGGCUGUAUAUUCUACCAGAUUUUCAUGGAGAAGAGGCAGUCAGUGGAUGUACCCUCUGUGCAGCAGCUGUUGGAAUGGUCCAUGGUUACUGGUGAUCUCAAGUUUACGGAGGUUCCCUCCUGCCUUAUCAUUCAGAUGCCCAGGAAUGGGAAGAACUUCAAGAUGUUCCCCACCAUUAUUCCAACCCUCCAGCUGGACAUCACUGAUCUUCUAGAAGACACCCCACGACAGUGCUGUAUUUGUCAGUCCCUGGCAGUGCUGGAGUGUCUUGACUGCUAUGAGGAUAUGAGAAUCGCUCCUGGACACUUAAAACAGUACUGUGCAAUCUGCAGCAAGCAGGUCCACCUACACAGGCAGCGCUCUGCCCACCAACCAAGAGAACUGAGUGUGCCGGAGAAUGUAAAUGGACAGACCAUGCUCCAAAGACAGCAUUUACAGCUGUAUGCGGUGUUAUGUAUAGAAACCAGUCAUUAUGUAGCUUUCAUUAGACUCGGCUCCCAGGGUCAUCCGCAGUGGGCCUUCUUUGAUAGUAUGGCUGAUCGAGAAGGAGGACAGAAUGGAUUCAACAUCCCACGAGUAACUCCUUGCCCAGAGGUGACAGAAUACCUGGAAAUGGCUGCUGAGGAACUGCAGCAAAAAGAUCCAAAGAGCAUGCCAACCUAUGCCCGCCGCUUGCUUUGUGAUGCAUACAUGUGCCUGUACUACAGCCCUGAGCUCAGUCUUUACAAAUAACAUAGAAGUCAGGUUGAAUUCUCAUUAGGUUUCUUAGAACUUUUUCUAAAACUCCCACUAAUCUGGAAAAGACAAACAAAAUAACACUUCAACUUUUAGUAAAUGUAAGAGAAAAGGGUGUAUUGACCAUACAGUUUUGAGUAUAUACAACAAAUUGUCACGGUACCAAUAGAUAAAUGUGGCUUAGUAUUGCCUAGAUCCGUAAUACAUAUAGGUCAAUUUUAAUAAGGACACUUGGGUGCUCCCUGAGAGUAUGAAGUAGGUUAUAAAGACAAGGAGGACGCUGACAUGCGUCUGGGUAGACUCUUAGGGUGGGGCACACUGAUAUACCUACAAUCAAGGGGGCAGAUGUAUUAAAC